AUGAGGGCCAUUAAAAAAUUACGGGGAUUUGUUGCACGGGCAUCCGACACUAAGGAAAGCCAGCCGUUCCCCUCCAGUGGUUUUGGACAUUUAAAUCCGUUUCAAGCAACGGCAACCUUUGCUCCUAAUAUGGAACCGUUAACAAUAACGGAACCUUACAAAACUCUUGCCAAAUUAUCACAAGAUGUAGGAGACAUAAAGGCGGAUUUGUGGGAGAAGGAUGGCUUGGAUGACAAAAUUCAAUGUGUGGCCGGGACUCAGGAAGAAACUCUUUCAGACAUGGAGCUUUUAAAAACGGAGAAUGAAAAGCUAAAGAAAGACAUGGAAAUGCUGAAGUCUGUUGUUAUCAAACUUGACAGAAAAGUUCAACAACAAGAGGCUGAGAUAACAGAUCUUAAAGGGAGAUCAAUGAAAUUCAACAUUUUGAUACACAAUUUAGAAGAGGAUAGUGAAGAAGUAUUGAGAACAAAAAUUCCUAAUCUAAUCAAAGAGCAUCUAGGUGUAGAGGGCGUUGAGUUUUCAAACACCCAUAGAAACGCCGGAGAGGUAAAGCCAAACGGAAAGCCACGAACCAUCACCGGAAGGCUCAUGAGAAUCGAGUACAAAGACGAAAUAUUGAAACAACAGAGGGCGAAGAAGGAGGGUGGAGCGGAACUACCGUUCUACAUCACACCACAAUCACCCCCGCAGGUGAACGAAACCCGUAAAAAAUUAGUGGAACUAAAUAACAAAUAUUGGCAGGAAAACGUCAAAACUCGUAUCAUUGGAGAUAAGCUUGUUUUCCCAAACGGAACUGUUUAUAAGGAUAAGGUUUCAACUCCAAACGCAGAGGAACUUCUACAAAUGGACAGUAAGGAGAUCGAGAAAAUUGAAGGAAUUUCGACCAAAAGAUCAGACACUCACUCAGAUGGGGGAAAUCAAUUCAGUGCGGCGGCGGUUGAUGUUAACGCUUUUGCCAAGGUGAGAAACUUCUAUAAGAAAGUUUCGAUUGAUCCGUUUUACGGACGGGCCAACCAUAAUAUUCUGAUCUACCGCUUCAAGGACAACAACGGGAUUCUUCACGAAGGAUAUUGUGAUGAUGGGGAGUUCGGAGCGGGCCGCAAGAUGCUGGGUAUAUUGCAGGAUCAGAGCCGUGUCAAUGUGGCGAUCGUGAUUUCAAGGAUGAUGGGGAGACAUCUCGGGCCAAAGCGUUUCCAAAUUAUGGAAAACACCAUGAUGGAUGCUUUAAAUAAAGUUUAA